AUGCGCUCAAUACGCCCCUUCCUCACCCACCACCUCCGCCUCCCUCCACCACCACGGCUCCCUCAUCUUCUCACACCUCACGACCAAAAAUCAUACUCCUCCUCCCCUUUACCACCGCCACCACUGACAAACCCCGAAUCCUACCUCGCCUCCGCCCGUCAAAAGUUUGUCUCUCAACCCCCCAAAAUCAUCUCAGCAACCCUCACCCGCUCAAAAGCAGACCAGCUCACCCUCGCCCUCGAAGACGCCAACCCCGCCUUUCGCCAAUCGCAUGGUGAUUUCGAGGACGGUGACCCGCUUCCUCAGGGGUAUCACAUGGUUUACUUUGAACCUAAGAUAUCGUCUUACCAGCCGAUGGCUGACGGGACAGACCCGUAUCAUUUCCCGGGGGGGCCUUUCGCAAGAAGGAUGUGGGUUGGGGGGGAGGUAGAUUUUGAGAGGGAGUACAUGGGGUGUAUGUUGCUGGGUGAAGGGGGGAAGGAAACAAAGGCGGAGUGUAGGGAGUGGGUUGAGAGUGAGGGGGUGGAGGUGAAGGGGGGGAAGGUUUUUGUCGAGGUGGGGAGGGAGUAUUUUGCUGUGACAGGGGAAGAAAAAGUGAAGGUGCUGACAGAGAAGAGGAGGCUGGUGUUUUUGAGGCCGUUGGAGGAGGAGCUGGCGCGGCAGGUUGAGAGACUGAGACUGGGUGACAAGAAGGCCGUGGAGAGGAAAAAGAUCAAGGUUCCUUGGAGACCGUUUUUUUCCUUUUCUCUUAGGCCGGAUGCCCAGUUUUUGUCGUUGUUUUCUGUCUUGACGAGCAAUACUCAUCGGAUUCAUCUUGAUAGCAAGUAUGCGAGGGUGGAGGAGGGGUAUAAGGAUGUGCUGGUUCAUGGGCCUUUGACGCUGGUGUUGAUGUUGGAGGGUCUUGCGUCUUAUUUGCACAAGAGUGGAAAGGAGAAGAGGAGGUGGAUAAAGAGUAUGAGCUAUAGGAACUUGGCGCCGCUGUUUAAGGGGGAUGAAGUGAGGGUUUGUGGUGCUUUGGCCAAGAGUCAAGGGGGUGGGGAAGGGGAGGAGUGGGUGGUUUGGAUUGAGGAUAUCGAGGGGGGGUUGGCGGUCAAGGGGAGUGCUACUGUUGUUGGUAGGCCGGUGAUAGGGUCGUGA